AUGCCAGCCCCGCAAUCCACAACAUUGACUUCCACCCCCUUCUCGUUCUUCUUCGGCCUCCGCCUCGCCGCCACGACGCCCUGGUGGAUGCUUCGUUCGUACCUCGGCGGCCGCAAGAUGCUGUGGUUAUCGACCGCGGGUCGGGAGCAGCAUGGGUAUCGUUGCAAGUUGUUUGCUCAUGGGUUCUUGGAGAGGGCUAUGAGGGUGGCGGAAGGGGUGUGGAAGGCGUUUGUUGAUGUGUUGUUUUGCGAAGCUUGGGGAGGUAUCAUAUUCCUCCUCACCGAGAGCCCGCGCGUCCUCGCCGAACUCGCGACCGAUGGCCGCUCAAUCUUUUCCCAGAAUCUCACCCAGACAAGAUCAUUGAUCUUUACGGAUGUCAACACGUGCAAGUACCUCCUCGCCUGCAUCGAGGAGGCCCUCAGCGUCUACCCGCCCUCUCCACAACCGCACCACCGCAUCGUGCCGCCCGGCGGAGCCACUGUCGACGGUGUCUUCUUGUCCGGGUAA